AUGGAAGUAAACUUGUCGACGUCCGCCCUGAGCGAGCCUGUCCGCCUAGGCUUCGGCUUCUACUUCCUCCCCUUCGCCACGUUCUUAUGCUUCCUUGUUCCGGUCCUCUACCUCUUCCCCCCGAUUCCAGCUACCACCCGCGACGCGCUACUGGCGACUCACUCCCAGAUCGGCGCGGCCUCUCCCAGAAGCAAAUCCCGGGAUCAGCCCCCCGCCGGGGAGCAGCAGAAGACCGAGACCGGGACCAGCGCUGGUGGGUUCGCAAAGGUCGAGUCGCUCUGCGUCUACCCGGUCAAAUCAUGCCGCGGCAUCGAGGUCGCGCGGAGCAAGCUCCUCCCCACAGGCCUCGAGUUCGACAGACUGUACACCUUUGCGCAGCUGAAGUCCCCGUUCCCCGUGUCCGUCGAUGGCGCGGCCGAGGACGGCCGGGACACGCACUCAUGGGAGUUCGUCACGCAGCGGCAAUUCCCCCUUUUGGCGACGGUCAAGGUGGACGUCUAUGUGCCCGACGCCACCAAGAAGACCGUGUUCCUCGAGAAGAGCGGCGACGCGUGGAUCGUGCUGCGCUUCCCCUGGCGCGAGCCCGGGUGGAAGGGCACCAUGCAGUGGGUCGCGGCCAAGAUCCGCGACGGGUGGCGCGGGGAGCCCGAGAUGGAGGUGCUGCUGCCCGUCGAGUUCCCCACUGACAAGGAGAUCGAGGAGCGCGGCUACACUCGCGAGGACGUCAGGGUGUGGAAGGAAAUGGUGCCCGCCUUGAACAUGGAGAAGGAGAUCCCUGGGGAGCUGAGCCGGUACCUGGGCGUGAGCAACAAGCUGGCACUGUUCCGGGUCGACCCGGGGAAGCUGAGGGAGGUGUAUCGGUGUGCGCCAGCCAAAGAGGACGCCGGGUACCAGCCCGUCGUCGGAUUUCAGGACGCCUAUCCCCUGCACCUCAUGAACACCGGCAGUCUCCAGGACUUUGACGCCAAAGUGCCCAAGGACGAUGAACUCCGACACCUCGACGUUCGGAGGUUCCGGGCCAAUGUCAUUGUCUCCGGCGCCCCGGCCUACGACGAAGAGUCGUGGAUGUCGGUCAAAUUCACUCAGGGCACGUCCAAAGUCACUGCGCCUACAAAGUGUCAAGUCUCGUGUCGCACAGUUCGUUGCAAGAUGCCCAACGUUGAUCCGGUUACCGGCGCCCGCCACCGCGUCGAACCGGACAGGUCUCUCCGCAAGCUUCGCGACGUUGACGAAGGCGCCCCGCGCAUGGGGUGUCUGGGCAUGCAGAUGGUACCUCUCUUCGAGGGCACCGAUCGCGUCGAGUACAUGCAGGCUUGGCUCGAGGUGGGCAUGUCCGUCGAAGUGUUAGAGCGCGGGCAGCACGUCUACAUUAAACAGUGA